GGUCCUGGGCCAUUUCGAGAAGCCCCUGUUCCUGGAGCUUUGCAAGCACAUGGUUUUCCAGGAAUGCCAACAAGGUGACUACGUUUUCCGUCCCGGACAACCCGACACCAGCAUCUACGUGCUGCAGGAUGGGAAGUUGGAGCUGUUCCUCAGCGAGCCGGACGGGAAGGAGACGGUGAUGAAGGAGGUGUUCCCCGGGGACAGCGUGCACAGUCUGCUCAGCAUCCUGGACGUCAUCACGUCUGCUCAGCAUCCUGGACGCUCGGUGUGUGCCCGGGCGGCGGUGGACUCCACCGUUCUUCGGCUGCCGGUUGAAGCCUUCUCGGCCGUCUUCGAGAAGUACCCCGAGAGCUUGGUGCGGGUGGUGCAGAUCAUCAUGGUGCGCCUCCAACGCGUCACCUUCUUGGCUUUGCACAACUACCUCGGGUUGACGAACGAGCUCUUCAGCCACGGCCACCAGCGACCGUACCGGACGGUGUGUGCCCGGGCGGCGGUGGACUCCACCGUUCUUCGGCUGCCGGUUGAAGCCUUCUCGGCCGUCUUCGAGAAGUACCCCGAGAGCUUGGUGCGGGUGGUGCAGGGCCACCAGCGACCGUACCGGACGGUGUGUGCCCGGGCGGCGGUGGACUCCACCGUUCUUCGGCUGCCGGUUGAAGCCUUCUCGGCCGUCUUCGAGAAGUACCCCGAGAGCUUGGUGCGGGUGGUGCAGGUGAGUCCAGGCCUCCAGAAGGGUCCCCGCUCCGACUUCGACAUGGCCUACGAGCGGGGCCGCAUCUCGGUGUCGCUGCAGGAGGACAGCACCAUGGCCACCUUCUCCCGGUCUGUCUCCCAUGAGGCCAAGGAGCGCAAGUCGGUGACGGUGGAGGAGCAACCUUCUGGUGUCCACCACGACAACGACUGCGAGGAGGACGCGGCGACCGGCACUUGCCCCUUCGGGCCUUACCAAGGCCGCCAGACCAGCGCCAUCUUCGAGGCUGCCAAGCAGGAGCUGGUCAAGCUCAUGAAGGUGAAGGACCCUUCUCUCCUCAACAACCGUGUCUUGCUCCAUCAUGCCAAAGCUGGGACGGUCAUCGCCCGUCAAGGGGACCAGGACGUGAGCCUCCACUUCGUGCUGUGGGGCUGCCUCCACGUCUACCAGCGGAUGAUCGACAAGGCGGAGGACGUCUGCCUCUUCUUGACACAACCCGGCGAGAUGGUGGGCCAGUUGGCCGUCCUCACUGGCGAGCCCCUCAUCUUCACCAUCAAGGCCAACCGCGACUGCACCUUCCUCAAGAUCUCCAAGUCGGACUUCUACGAGAUCAUGCGGGAGCAGCCCAGCGUGGUCCUGAGCGUGGCCCACACCGUGGCCGCCCGCAUGUCCCCCUUCGUGCGCCAGAUGGACUUUGCCAUCGACUGGAUGGCGGUGGAGGCCGGGCGGGCGCUCUACAGGCAAGGUGACAAGUCAGACUGUACCUACAUCGCCCUCAACGGGCGUCUUCGCUCCGUCAUCCAGAAGGGCAGCGGCAAGAAGGAGCUCAUUGGGGAGUACGGCCGUGGAGACCUCAUCGGCGUGGUGGAAGCCCUCACCCGGCAACCUCGGGCCACCACGGUCCACGCGGUGCGGGACACGGAGCUGGCCAAGCUGCCUGAGGGCACCUUGAACAACAUCAAGAGGAGAUACCCCCAGGUUGUCACCCGCCUCAUCCACCUCCUGAGCCAGAAGAUCUUGGGAAACCUUCAGCAGCUCCGUGGGCCAUUUGCAAGUUCUGGCUUGGGCAUGGCCUCCAGUUCGGAGCCCACCAACCCCACCAGUAACCUGUCGACGGUGGCGGUGCUGCCGGUGUGCGACGAUGUGCCCACGGCCGCCUUCACACUGGAACUCAAGCACGCGCUCAACGCCAUCGGUCCCACCCUGCUCCUCACCAGUGACAUCAUCCGUGCUCGUCUGGGUUCCUCAGCUCUGGACAGCAUCCAGGAGUACCGCCUGUCAGGUUGGUUGGCCCAGCAGGAGGACAUCCACCGCAUUGUCCUCUACCAAACCGACUCCACCCUCACGCCGUGGACCGUGCGUUGCAUCCGCCAGGCCGACUGCAUCCUCAUCGUUGGGUUGGGCGACCAAGAACCGGCGCUGGGAGAGCUGGAGCAGAUGUUGGAGAACACGGCGGUGCGGGCGUUGAAGCAGUUGGUCCUUCUACACCGUGAAGAUGGUCCCAGUCCUUCCCGCACUGUUGAGUGGCUCAACAUGCGCAGUUGGUGCUCGGGUCAUCUCCACAUCAGGUGUCCUCGGCGUGUCUUCUCCCGACGGAGCCCCACCAAGCUGCGGGAGAUGUAUGAGAAGGUGUUUGAGAAGAACGCCAACCGCCACAGUGACUUCUCCCGGUUGGCCCGUGUCCUCACCGGCAACACCAUCGCCCUCGUCCUGGGGGGCGGCGGAGCCAGGGGUUGCUCCCACAUCGGGGUGAUCAAGGCCAUGGAGGAGUCGGGGAUCCCCAUCGACCUGGUGGGGGGCACCUCCAUCGGGGCCUUCAUUGGGGCGCUCUACGCCGAGGAGCGCAGCGCCGUCCGCACCAAGCAGCGGGCGCGAGAGUGGGCCAAGUGCAUGAACUCAACCUUCAAGACCGUCCUGGACCUCACCUACCCCAUCACCUCCAUGUUCUCGGGCUCCGCCUUCAACGCCAGCAUCAACAAGGUUUUCGAGGACAAGCAGAUUGAGGACCUUUGGCUGCCCUACUUCAAUGUCACCACGGACAUCACGGCCUCGGCCAUGCGGGUGCACACGGACGGCUCGCUCUGGCGGUACGUGCGAGCCAGCAUGACCCUUUCUGGCUACCUACCCCCCCUCUGCGACCCCAAGGACGGCAACUUACUGAUGGACGGUGGUUACAUCAACAACCUGCCAGCCGACAUCGCCCGCAACAUGGGGGCCAAGACGGUGAUCGCCAUCGACGUGGGCAGCCAGGACGAGACCGACCUCUGUAACUACGGGGACAGCCUGUCGGGCUGGUGGCUCCUCUGGAAACGUCUCAACCCUUGGGCUGAAAAAGUCAAGGUGCCCGACAUGGCCGAGAUCCAGUCCCGCUUGGCCUACGUGUCCUGUGUCCGGCAACUGGAGGUGGUGAAGUCCAGCUCCUACUGCGAGUACAUCCGCCCACCCAUCGACCGCUUCAAGACCAUGGACUUCCGCAAGUUCGACGAGAUCUACGAUGUGGGCUACCAACACGGCAAGGUGGUCUUCGAGGGCUGGAGCCGCGGUGACAUCAUUGAGAAGAUGGUGAAGGACCGACGCUCGGCCGACUUCUACGAGAGCAAACGCAUGGACGUCCUCACGUGUCCCAGCGCCGGCUUCACCGACCUGGCCGAGAUCGUGUCCCGCAUCGAGCCCGCCAAGCCCUACUUGUCUGAUGGCUACGGGGACGAGGAGUCUGACUACCUCACGGAGUACGAGGACGAGGGGCCGGAGCCAGCGCGGGGCGAGGAGGACGCCUUCGCCCCGGCCGAGUGGGGCAGCUCCAGCACCUUGGAGGCCGUGAGUGUCCCCCUGGCCAUGGAGAACCUCCAAAACGGGGUGCACCUGGGUUUUGAGGGGUCCCAAGG